UCGUGGCUAUAUGUCAUCAUCAGUUUUCGAAUACAACUCGCAAUUCCAUAAUGUGAUGAGAGUGACGCAUGAGAUGUACAAGUCAUGCAAUGCUUCGUCACCGUUGGCGACCUUCAGCACAGGGAAGGAUUCCAUAGUGAUACAGAAUCACGGCCACCACUUCUUCUUCUGUGGCGUCCCUGGUCACUGCCAAUCUGGUCAGAAGGUUGACAUCAACGUCCCCAAGGUCUCUGCAACUUCAGAAGCUCCUACUCCUUCGGCUUUGGCCUCUCCCACAGUUUCAGUUCCAAACAACGAGCCAGCACCUUCUCCUAAUCAAGCUGCUUCAAUAUGGUGUUUGUUUGCUUUCAAGGAACGUUUUGCGUUUCUGGGCUUGUCCAUUGCAUUGCUCUUUGCUUGUCCUUAAAUAUUGCCGAUCUUUCUUGAUGGGUAUGCUCAAUGAGCAUGUGCUUUUGUAACCAGUUAGUCAUGCUUAAUAAAAAUCCAUUGAGAAUGAGUGUUUUAGAUGAUAAAAUGUAUCAUUAAGUUCAUUGUAAUUUGUUGGAAAUGGUCAGGCAAAGCUUCUCCAAAGGGUCAAUGUCUGGAUCAUUUGCCGAGAUCAUUAGGGGCAUGUUUGUAAACCUUUUUGCUUAACAAGAUUAUGGGCAUGCACAUGAAGGUCAUUAUCCAUAGAAAAAACAGGUGUAUAUAUAUAGAUAUAUAUGAAAGAGAAGGUUUUCAAUCUGAAAUAAAAUGAAGAGUCAUUAUAUA